AUGCGCAUUUCACCAGUCGCUUUGGGGAAACAUUUCGGUAAUUUAGGCAAGAUGUAUGGCGAAUAUCGAUUCGCGUUGGCACCUAAUGAACAAAAAGUCUUCAAGAAUUUCUUCAACUUGGCGUUCGUAAAGGUAUUUCGAAGCUACGUCUGGGAAGACUGGUUCUUCUAUAUGCCUCCAGCGAUCGGUUGCUAUCUCGUUUACGAUUGGGCAAAGAAGAAGAAUACCGAAUUGAACAAGAAGAAUCCGGCUGACUUCGUCAAUGAUGUGUAA